UUUAGUGCAAAGAUCAAUAAAAAUGGAUACACUUGGCGUAAAUUGGCUGGUCACCAGUAUGACCGUCUUACACCAGCUGUAUCUGGCUGCAACUUGUGUGCAGAGGUCGGGAGGCGUGAAGACUCUUCGUAAACUGAGUGUACAGCGCGGAGGGUCGGCCGUCGUGCCCUGCCACUACGAUGAGAAGUACGUCUCGCAGGUGAAGUACUGGUGCCGCGGCUACACCUGGGACACCUGCCGUGUUCUGACCCGGUCCAGCAGUGUUCCGAGCCCACCGGACACCCGCGUGUCCAUUAGUGAUGACAUCACCCAGCGGGUGUUCACUGUGACCAUGAGGGACCUGCAGGACACAGAUUCGGACGUCUACUGGUGUGCUGUGGACAUCACAGGGCCUGAUGAUAAAGCUUAUCUGAAAAUUACCGUCACACCAGGCCCACCAGAGUUGUACUCAGAGAGCAGUGUGUUCUCGGGGCCUGUGGGCGGUGUGGUCCUGGUGCGGUGUUUCUACGGCGACCGUCUGCGGAGCGGAGAGAAGAAGUGGUGCCGGAGCGGCUCGAGUGUGUGUCUGACCGCCGGCCGCACCUCCAGGCUGUACAAGUACGCGCUGGACACAGACCCGCGGACCGGAGCGCUGAGCGUGACCAUCCGGGACCUGAGGCCCGCGGACCAGGGCUGGUACUGGUGCACAGGAGGGGACACACAGCUGCCCGUCUACGUGGCCGUGUCCACCAAGACAAACACACCUCCCGUCACACAACGAGAGACAACAUCUACAACGCAUACCACCACAGCAGUGCAAACAGUGAGAGCAACAUUAGCAAGUGAAGCUCCAGCGCCGCUGCAGACCAGUAUAGGGGCGACCCCCCCACGCCACUCAGGGGCGACCCCCCCACGCCACCCAGACGAGGAUACAGCCGCAGGGGAAGAGCACCACGCAGAGCUCAGCAUUGUGAAGUACGGCCUUAUGCUCAUUAGGAGAAAGUUAUUCUCAUGAUUUGCCUAUUCAUAAACAAAUAAAUACAUUCUCAACAUCAGGCUAUUGAUUAAUGACAUUGGCAUAUAAUUACAUCACCACUGUAGAAUGUAUGUUCUUACAAUAGUGUAGUGUUUACUGCUUAUGGUCAUUACUGUUAUUAUGAUGAUGUAAGUUGCUUUUUAAAUAUGUGUCUCCUAAGUAAUCACAUCACCGCUCAGAACGCAGUGUUAAGAAGUACAUCUUAUGGUCAUUACAGUAUAUUAUAUUAUUUUAUUAUAUUAAAUAUUAUAUUUAGGCUAUUCUCAGAAUGAGACUAUUUAUUAUCUCAAAUUGGUUGUUUCCCUUUGAUUAAAUCUUACAAUUGUAG